ACACACGUGUAUAGUUUUGCACUGAAGCAAACGGCCAAGUGGCUGAAGCAACUUCCCAAAGCUAAGGGAAGCUAUGAGGAAGCGGCGAGGUGAGAAAAAGACCCGUGACAAAAGAUCCGUCAAAGAAACAGCACAAAUAGACGAGGAGCAGCAAUGGACACCCUCACUGGGGUCGUGGGCCAUUGCUCUUGCCAUCGGGGCUUGUUUGCUGCACGGCAUGCACCUGGCAGCACUGUUUGAGAAUGAUCGGUUCUUCUCUCAUCUCUCGCCACUGGAGAGAGAGCUCUCCUUCCGCACUGAGAUGGGACUAUACUACUCUUACUACAAGAGGAUAGUUGAGUCCCCUUCACUGUUGGGAGGUGUGGCCUCAAUUCUCCAUGACAACCUAACAGAGUAUCCAGAUACCAUCAACACUUUGCAGAGGUUUAAUCUGUACCCUGAGGUUUGUCUUUCGGUAAUGUUCCGUCAGUAUCGCUGGUGUCUAGACCUCCUGGGCAUGUCUGGGAUGAAAUGCUUCUCCAUUACGCGUGGCGACGGAUCAAAAGUGGAGGCAUGCAAUGGUAUGGGAGACCACAUGUACUUCUAUGUAUUGUGUGUUGUUCUCUGUAUAUCCAGGUAUGGGAGACCACAUGUACUUCUAUGUAUUGUGUGUUGUUCUCUGUAUCCAGGUAUGGGAGACCACAUGUACUUCUAUGUAUUGUGUGUUGUUCUCUGUAUCCAGGUAUGGGAGACCACAUGUACUUCUAUGUAUUGUGUGUUGUUCUCUGUAUCCAGGUAUGGGAGACCACAUGUACUUCUAUGUAUUGUGUGUUGUUCUCUGUAUCCAGGUAUGGGAGACCACAUGUACUUCUAUGUAUUGUGUGUUGUUCUCUGUAUCCAGGUAUGGGAGACCACAUGUACUUCUAUGUUCACAUGAUAUUUGGUCUCAAUGGUUUGCUGGCGUCUGGUAUAGCUCUCCUGGGAACUUUCGUCAGUGGAAGUGUGUGGGGAGGAGUGCUUAGUGUCACUACUUUCUUUUAUAACCAUGGGCAGUCUACCAGAGUGAUGUGGACACCUCCACUGAGGGAGAGCUUCGCUAUGCCUCUCCUCUUCCUCCAAACUCUAAUCCUCUCCUUCAUCAUCAGGAAACGGUCCUGUUCGUUGGUCGUCUGGACCAGUCUGGUCCUUGCGACUGUGGCCUUCCUGUUGCCAUGGCAAUUCUCCCAGUUUACCCUCCUGACCCAGGUGUUGUCAGUGCUAGUAGUCCACUGUCUGCGACUGAUCUCUAGUCAGAAGUUCCUCCGAAUUCUGUUAGCCUACACUCUGGCCUUUGCUGUGAAUGUAGUCCUGCAGUUUGGGAACAAUAUGCUCCUGACUUCCUUCCUGCCCUCCUGCCUCCUCAGUUGUCUGAUAGUAGGUCUCCUCUCCUCUACCUCUCACCUCCUCAAAUUUCGACCCCUUAUCAUGGUGGUUGAAGUGAGUGUGGUGAUAGUGGGGAGUGUGCUGAUGAAGAUGGGUGUGGCAGCUAUUCUGGGUGCCAAGGAAGACGAGCACAUCAUCUCCAUCUUGUUGUCCAAGUUCACCUCUUACCACGACUUCCACACUCAACUCUAUACCUGUGCUGCUGAGUUUGACUUCUUACCUCUGUCAUAUGUGCUGGAUCUGACUUGGACACUCCUCCUACCCAUGUCCGUUGUUUCCAUGGCAAUUAUCACUGUUAGAGUGGUCAAGCACAUCUUUGGUAAAGAGGAAACAGGUCAUUCUGAUGAUGUAAUGGCCACACCCCCUGGAGACCUGGCGGUGCAGGUCUACCACCUGAUGCAGACUGUAGCAUACGUCGUCAUGGCGACCCUCAUAAUGCGGCUGAAGCUGUUCCUGUCACCUCAGCUGGCAGUGGUCGCAGGACUACUCCCGUCUCUUCUCAGAGCCAGCGGGCUCUCUAGGUCACAGUACAAGUGGAUGGUGGCUGGACUCCUGGUCUGCAGCUCUCUAAAAGGAUGGCACAAUUUCCAUCUUCAACACAGUGUGAUUGGAGAGUACAAUAACCCUGAGGGGGAGCAGCUUGCUCUGUGGAUACGGGACCACACCCCCGAGACAGCAGUGUUUGCUGGGACCAUGCCAACCAUGGCAACAGUUCUCUUGACAACUGGUAGACCAAUCGUCAACCAUCCUCAUUACGAGACUGCGUCUCUGAGGAAUCGAACCUACCAUGUCUACUCCAUAUUUGGUCGGAAGCCGGUGAAAGAAAUCCAUUCCAUUCUUCAUGGAAUGGGGGCAGACUACGUCAUUAGUGAGGAUGGAUGGUGCCACAAACACAGGAGCAAGCCAGGCUGCUCCUUUAGUGAGAUGUGGGACGAGGAAGACCCUGUCAAUAAGGAGAGACCUGUGUUCUGUGCGGUCCUCCAGACACACACACCCUCCCCCUUCCAACUGGUCUACCACAAUCCUGUGUACAGGGUACUCCGAGUUGCCAAUGGCAACGACAAAUCUGACUCACACUGACUCUUUUAUUGUGUAUUUUCUCACAAGCCUCUCAUGGAGAAGAGUCUGCAAGUUUUUGAUUUUUGUAUUUGACUUUUCCUAACACUCUUGUGGGAGAGAGAAAGUCUUUCGGCUAUAAUUAUGAAAGUGCUUUGAGACUUGCGUAUUAAAAAUAGUGAUCUUUUUCGCAGGUACAGUAGCUGCAUGGAAUUGUGUGUGUGUUAAUGUACAGCUAGGGUUCUGUAGGUUCCUCCGCUUGACCUUUAGACUCAGCAUGUGAUUGAACAUCGUCAACCUGGCUUUUUUCCUCUUCACCUUUGACCUGUGUAGUUGCCUCGGUCCC